AAAAAAAAAAGAACAGGCAGUUUUGUGAAUUCAUUUCAUCCGUGUAUAUUUUUCUUUUCAUUCUCUUUGCGGCCUCAAAUUAGAUUCUGAGCUCGCAAUUAGAAGAAAAGAAUAGAAAAUAUCGAGCUGUUUUCUUGUUUUUAUCAUUCCCAUUUGCUAGGUUUUGUGAAUUUCUUGACAGGAGGAAUAGAUAGAAGGCAUUUUUUUUUUCGGUCCCACUUAAAGCCACCAUUUUUGUCCGGACUCUUGGUUUUUUCCUCGAUGUUAUGCAUGGCUGCAGAUUGAAAUCAAGAAAAUAGUUCUUUUAUGGUUCAAGAUUCGAUCUUGACCAGUGGGCUACAUUUUUUACAGGGCUGCAUUUUUUUUUUACAAAAAAUUGGGACCCUCCUUUUUUUUAUAUAUAUGUCUCCCCCAACUUUGCAACUAGAAAAAUGGGGGAAAAUGGUGAAAAUUGAACUCUGAAUCUUUUGGAGUUCAGAGCUAUGGUAUAUGGAGCAUCACAGAAGGGAAAAUGCGUCAGAUUUUGAUUAUUCAAAUGGGCUUUGGUUUAACUGUUGGGCUGUUGAACUUAGUUACAUUGCAACUUAAAUGGCUGAUUUGCAGAGGCCUAGCCUUGUGGAAAGGGACAUUGACCAGGCCAUCACAGCCCUUAAGAAAGGAGCACACUUGCUGAAUUAUGGUAGGAGAGGGAAGCCAAAGUUUUGUCCAUUUAGACUUUCCGCAGAUGAGACCUCCUUGAUAUGGUGUUAUGGGAAAGAUGAGAGACAGAUUGAGCUACGUCGUGUUUUGAGGAUAAUCCCUGGGCAGAGGACUUCGAUAUUUCAGCGGUACCCCCGUCCCGAAAAGGAAUACCAAUCAUUUUCCCUCAUAUACGACGACAGGUCCUUGGAUCUGAUAUGCAAAGAUAAAGAUGAAGCCGAGGUCUGGUUUGCCGGUUUAAAAGCUCUUAUUGGACGCAACGGGUAUAGAAGACAACAGAGAAACGAUUUGAGAAGUGAAUCACUGCCCGAAAGCCCACGUGGUCGGAGGAUUACCCCAUCAAAUUCAGCUUUUACUCAGGAUGAAGGAUCCACCAAGGCCCCAAUCGAGACUGCUUCCCAAAGCAGACUCGGGAAAGCCUUGGGCGAUGUCCUGUCUUACGCCGCCGCGGCAGAUAAAAUCCCUCAACUAACACAACAGUCGAACGUGCGAACAUCAGGAGCCGACACUAUCCGAGCGAGCCUCUCGAGCGUCGUGAGCUCGUCGAGCCAGGGCUCGUGCGCGGAGGACUUUGAAAAUCCGGGGGAGGUCUUCAUAUGGGGCGAGGGCGUGGCAGACUGCCUAACGAGACCCAACCUAAGAGCCACCAACGCGUUGCUGCCCAAGGCGCUCGAAUCGAGCGUCGUCCUCGACGUGCAGAAAAUCGCGUGCGGGCAUAGACACGCCGUCCUAGUCACAAGGCAGGGUGACGUUUUCAGCUGGGGUGAGGAGGAUGGGGGCAGGCUCGGCCACGGGGUCGAAUCCGACUUUUCCCAACCGAGGCUCGUCCAAGCCCUGGGAGGAAAACCCGUCGAGUCGAUCGCGUGCGGCCAACGCCACACGUGCGCCGUGACGCUCUCCGGUGAUUUGUAUAUGUGGGGGGACGGAAGUACUCCCGACGGGCCGGGCCACUGGCUUCCGAAGAGGGUUGGGGGCCCGUUGGAGGGCCUUCAGGUCUCGUCGGUGGCGUGCGGCCCGUGGCACACGGCUGUGGUGACGUUGGCGGGACGGUUGUUCACGUUCGGUGACGGAACGUUCGGCGCGCUGGGACACGGUGAUCGACGCGGGGCGUGUGGCCCGCGCGAGGUCGAGGGCCUCAAGGGGUUGAGGACUGUGAGGGCCGCGUGCGGUGUGUGGCACACGGCAGCUGUCGUGGAUGUGAGGUCUGAGUCCUCCGUUUCGGGGAAGCUCUUCACUUGGGGGGACGGGGACAGGGGUCAGCUCGGUCACGUGAAUUGCGACCCGAGGCUGGUUCCUGAGAUGGUGUCCUCGUUGGCUAACGUGGAUUUCUGUCGAGUGGCGUGCGGGAAUAGUCUCACACUGGCUUUGACUACGUCGGGCCGAGUGUAUGCCAUGGGAAGUAUGUGCGGAGGGAAGCACCACGCAAUCUGUAUUCGAGACAAUAUAGGAGAGUCUUUUGUCGAGGAAAUUGCCUGCGGCUCUCACCACGUGGCCGUCCUGACUUCGAAGUCGGAGGUCUACACAUGGGGCAAAGGCUCGAGCGGGCAGCUCGGCCACGGGGAUCCCCAGGACCGUAAUAUUCCCACGCUCGUCGAGUCUUUAAAGGAGAAACAGGUGAAGAGCAUUGCUUGCGGCUCGAAUUUCACGGCUGCCGUUUGCCUCCAAAAGUGGACAUCGAGCGUGGACAACUCCGUCUGCUCGGGAUGCCGUAGCCCUUUCAAUUUCAUUCGGAAGCCGCACAACUGCUACAAUUGCGGGCUCGUCUUCUGCAAGGGCUGCAGCGCCCGGAAGUCCGUGCAAGCCUCGUUGGCGCCAACUGCGAGUAAGCCGUACCGCGUUUGUGACGACUGUUUCGUGAAGCUGGGAGAGAGAGGCCCAGCAGCAGCGUCCAGGGCCUCGAGCGUGAAUGUUCAAAGGAUGUCUUCGUUCAAGUUGGAUCGAAAUCUUGGGCUGAGUGUUAAGUUUGAGGCACGGGUGAUCUCGCAGAGGCCUAGCACGUCGUCUAAGUCGCCGACAAGCCCUCUUGGGUCGUCCCAGAAUUUUUUAACUUUUUUCAUGCCGGACUCGAAGAGAGUGUCCCGAUCGGCGUCCCCUGUCCCGCAGAGGUCGUCCACACCAUCGCCACCCAUGUCUUUUACUUUGCGCACGUCUGAGUCCAAUACGGAGGAGGCAAUGGGUAGCUCUGAUGUGCUCAGCUUUGAGGUCAAGAGCUUAAGGGCACAGGUGGAGAGUCUAACGAGCAAAUCCCAACUUCUCGAAACUGAACUUGAAAGCAAAAGAAAGCAACUGAAGGAGAUGGCUGCACAGGCAGCAGAUAAAGCUGAAAAGGCCAAAGCUGCUGAACAAGUGAUCAAGUCUCUCACUUCUCAGUUAAAAGAGAUGUCCGAAGAAGUGGUAGAGGAGCAAGCAACUGCAUUUAGCCAUUUGGAACCUGAUGUGGAAAUGAUGAACGAUCCUAACCGUCCAUCCAACGGGAGUAGUGUGACUAGUAUAGCCUCUCCAAAGACCCAACAUAGUGAACAUGCAAAUGCACAAACGAUGCAAAACGGAACUAAAUCCCAAACACAAAAGUCAAAGCGAAUUGUGCAAGACGAGCCAGGCGUCUACAUAACUCUCGUGUCCUUGCCCAAUGGUGCGAAUGAACUAAGACGAGUUCGUUUCAGUAGGAAACGUUUCAAAGAAGAAGAGGCGGAGAGGUGGUGGGCAGAGAAUGGGACGAGAGUAUGCGAGCAACACAAUAUCACAACUGUGCGCUAGUCGUCAAAGCUAUUUUUGUCGGGAUUUUUUUCCUUUCCUUUUUGUUUUUCGAAGUUUGGGCGGCAACUGUAAAUUCUCUAAGUUGUGG